AUAUGACAAGCCUCCUAGAACUAAACGCAAUUACAGAACCUACAUGGAAGCGAAAUGAGUUGAAUAGUCAGAUCAAUGAUAUAUGGACAAACACAGAUAUAGCCCUAGACUUUACAAAAUCUGAACUAAUAGAAGCAAGCAAAAUUACGGAUA